AUGUUCCGAGACAUGAAGAACCGGGUCUCCGAGCUGCAAGACACCGUUGAUCGGAUAUCUGCCUCCCUCUCCGACUUCCACGAGAUGGCUAUCCAAUCAGACCUUCACGUAACCCAUCCGUACCUCUUUGAAAAGCUCAAUGAGACGAUCACUCAGGUUCAGCAUGGAGCUGAGAUUGGAGACCGCAAUUGGGUCCACACCGAGCACACUCAACACGAACGAAGCAACCCAUUCUAUCCCACCGCAACAACAACAACCAGCGCCCUCGACCCAUUCACAUUCGGCUACAUGAUCAGUCCCGACGAGCAACAAGACCCAAGAUCUCGUCACCCAACAAUAUCCCACGACAAGCAGCGCCCCGUCCGAUUCACCCACUCUCUAUACUCGUACCAUUUACGACAGAUCGAAAAGCCCCUGUCCGGAAGCAGUACACAAACGCACAGUUUCCACGAAACCGACUUCUCAAGGCGCCUGCAGCGCUACUGCCUCGAAUACACCUGGCGCAUCUUCGUCGAUCCCAACGCCAACCCCCAGGAGUUCUACCGAGUAUUCAGACUCGUUCCCUGCAUCCGGUACAGCGACAAAAUGCGCCCUUAUCUGCAAUGUCUCGUUCGUUCGGGGUCCCAUGAAUCGCUGGAUAUUGCCGCCGCGCCGUUCUACUGUAUCGGGGGCGCGGGCACGCAUUACCCCCGGCGACUGAACGGGGAGCCGGUUUAUCCUGAGAAUAUGCGACUACCGAGGAGGAUACUGAGCAUAUUGCCGCAUUCGGGUGCAAAGGAUGAUAUGGUGGACGCGUCGAUUGACGAUAGAGAUACUCUGCUAAAGGCACUGGGGCUGCAUGGUAUAUGGCUGGACUGUCAUGAUGUCCAGGGGUAUUUGGAAGAGAAGGGGUUGGCGCUGGACGGUCCUUCGUGUGUCUAUGCGUCUGGCUCGGGUGUCGCUACCUCCGAAGUAUCCCAUCCUAGGGUCGAUCGUUCCGUGAUGGAUGUGGAUGCGCAGAGCGAGGAUAUGGUGCCUAUUAAGAAAUUUCAUGGCCGCGAUGAGGAAAAUCCAGGUAAAUCCAGCAACGGCGAUUUCACUUUAAAUGUCGAAGAAUUCUUCCACUCACUUCUGAAAAACAUGAUCAUCCUAGGUAGGGCGCCAGGCUUCCGACUAAUCGACGUGGAAACGGCUUUCAAGUCGACUGUGAAACUGUCGUCUAAAUGA